CGCUCUAUAAUCUGUUUAUUAGUUGCUAACUGCUCGUGACUCAGGAUGGUGCCGCAUGGGUUUUGCUAUCUACGCUUCAAUUUUUUUAAUUUUACAUCAAUCACUCUCGCUAUUACCUUUUCUGAAAAUCUUACGAUCAGGGGAACAGAUAGAUUCCUUGAUGGUACAGUUUGCCUCUUCACUUGUCAAUUAAUUUCCCCUCAUUAUCAAGAACUACAUCCAGCUUAGCAAUUGCGAUAAUGAACCUUUUACUCCGACAAAUUUGGGCGCUGAUACGCAAGAAUCUGCUGCUUAUUUGCGUACGAAAGCCAGUCGUUACCUUCAUUCGUGCAAUCGCUUUACCGCUCGCUAUUGUUUUGGUUGUCGCGUAUAGCAAGGAGUUCUUCUCGACGCCGCAGCAUUGGGGCGUGUCUUCACCUCAUAACAUCCGGUCGCUCAAAGAUGGCCUGGCGGCCACACCUGGACGCGACAUCGUCGGCUUCAUCGACAAUGGCAUGAAAGGCGGAGAGGUUGCUUCAGUCAUUGAUUCGCUGUCUAAGCAGAUCAGCGAGGCUGGAAAAAGCCCCAAAACUUACAAUAGUUCCCGGGCGCUGGCUGAAGAAUGCCGUACUGAUAUGAAAGGCGUCUCGCCUUGCUACGGAGCCGUCGUAUUUCAUUCUAGUCCCAGCGAGCGAUCAAACGAUUCAUCUAUGGGAUUCUGGAACUAUACGUUACGCGGAGAGGGCGGCAGUCCCGCCAAUGUUCUGAGCGACAUGAAUGCUCCCGAGAAAAAUCUCCUGCCUCUGCAGCGCGCAGUGGACACGGAAAUCAUUCGGGUAUCAAGAAUGAAAAACACGUCUCGGCUUCCGUCAGAGUCAAGGGUCAUUCUCUUUACCGACCAGGACCAAGAAUUUCUCGACAAGUCUCGUACUUCAAACUACCUGAGCCUGGCAAUCGAAGCCUUUGGGCCUGUUUUUGCAUUUACUUUAAUUAGUAUUGUUUACCACAUAACCUCCUUUGUGGCCCAUGAAAGAGAACUUGGGAUGUCGGGCCUCAUUGACACCAUGAUAUCAGGCGGUUCCAGUAUUCGAGGCCGGCUGGUCCGGCAGAUCGCGACUUACAUCUCCUUCGCCAUGGUCUACUUCCCCAGCUGGCUUGCAGUGGGCAUCGUCAUCUCCGUCGUGGUUUUCCCAGUUCAUUCUGGAAGCCUUCCUGUGGGUUUUCUCAUCCUCUCAGGGAUGUCAUUCACUUCGUUCUCGCUCUUCGGAGCCUCAUUCUUCAAGAAGGCACAGCUCAGCGGCUCGAUCAUGGUCGUCAUCACUGUUGUUGGCGCUAUAUUGCCAGUGGUUCUUUCCACUCAGACGAAAGCUACCCGCGCGGUCAUAAGUAUUAUAUUUCCCUCUGCGAACCUGACCUACUUUCUCACCAGUAUCGCAACCUUCGAAGCAUUGGACAAGCGCGUCGACAUGAAGCUUACUCACCAUGAGCAACUUGGUCGCAACGAUUACCGAUUACCACUUUACGCUCACUGGGUCAUUGCCGUCAUCCAUAUCCUAUUUUUCUCGGCGCUCGCUUUCGCCGUUGAGCAUGUCCUUUUCUCGACUGCGUCCUCGCACCGGAGGUUUGCGCAACCCGAAAGUUCAGGCGAUGCUACCGUCACGCUCUCGGGUUUUAGCAAAACCUACCGUCCCAGCAUCCUUGCGAGAGUCUUUAAGCGCCGUAAAGACGUGCACGCAGUCAAGGGCUUGGACCUGAAAGCAUAUCCCGGGCAAAUUCUGUGUCUUCUUGGACCUAACGGUUGUGGCAAGUCAACCACACUGAAUUGCAUCUCAGGGGAUCAAAAGAUGUCGUCCGGGGAUAUUACAAUUGAUCAUACUGGUGGUCUAGGUUAUGCACCUCAAAAGAAUGUGAUAUGGCCGGAACUUACCGUCGAGGAGCACAUCCGCAUAUUCAGUGACCUGAAGUGUCUUUCUUCAGUCAACGAUGAAGUAGUCAAUGUCCUUGCCAAGGGCGUUGAUCUGCUAAAGAAACUAAGAGCGCAGGCAAAGACACUAAGUGGCGGGCAGAAACGAAAGCUGCAGAUGGCUAUGAUGUUUGCUGGUGGGAGCGCUGUGUGCUGCGUUGAUGAAGUGUCUACCGGUCUAGACCCCAUCUCCCGACGACGCAUCUGGGAGAUCUUGCUAGUUGAACGUGAGCGGCGAACCAUCAUCAUGACCACCCAUUUUCUGGACGAGGCAGAUUAUCUGGCCGAUGAUAUUGCCAUCAUGUACAAGGGUACCCUGCGAGCUUCUGGAACCGCUGCGUCGCUUAAGCAUAGUUACGGAGACGGGUACACAGUCAAGUUACCGUACCAAACCGAUAUCGACGUGCAAGUAUCAAAGCCUAUUCAAAAAGAGCAAUCACGACAUCAAACAGUCUACCGUGUUGGUACAGCCGCCCUCGCUGCUGAACUUGCUGAGAAGCUUGAGUGGCAUCAACUCCGGGACUAUCAAAUUUCAGGCCCUACUAUGGAGGAGUUGUUUCUCAAAGUCACCGGUGACAAAGCUCUGUUGACCGAUAGGGCUUCCAGCGAGGAAGAAGAUACUGCAAUCAAAGGUCACGACGCUACAGUCAAUGUCACCGAUAGUGACUACGAGCUGACAGAAGGCCAACCGAUUUCCGUCUUCAAACAGUGGUGGAUCUUAUUCUGCAAGCGGUUUCGCAUACUUCAACGAAGAUAUAUCCCUUACCUCAUCGCAAUCGCUUUCGCCAUCGCAGGUGCCGGCGUUGCACCGCUCCUCAUCAAGAUACUCAAAGAACCAAUGGCCUGCCCAACCCUAGCAGAUCUAAUCGACGAUUCUUCGAUCCGUUCCGACUUUGGCACAGGCUAUACUCAAUCGUCAUCCUAUAUUGACCCAAGAGUAUACGUUUUCGGACCAGCCAGCAAGCUCAACGAUUCAACCAUCAGUUCUAGACUUGAGCUAAUGGCGGAUGCAUACUCGACGAACCACACUUUGAAUUUCUCGACCAAUUUCCCCAGGGGUUAUAGCAAUGCAAGUCAGAUCGUCGAGCGGUUGCUACUAGUUAACACCUACGAUGAGUUCUCUCAUGCUGUGCAGAAUAACUGGAAAGUGCAAGCCGCAAAAAGCACCUACAAGGGGUACUCGCCCUUCACUUCGCUGCGGGGUGGUAUAUGGUUGGGCGACGAUAAUUCAGCGCCAACUCUCCUAGCCAACCUUCGCCAGAUCAAACAGUUUAGUCAGCUGACCAACUUUCUGGAUAUAAUGGUUGGCGGCGUUCCUAUUUCGAUGGCGUACGACACCUUUGCGUUGACUGCCAUACCAGAUCUUUUUAAUUUCAGGGCACUGAUGGUUAUCAUCUACUUCGGCCUCAUUAUGUGUUGUUACCCUGUAUUCUUUGCACUUUAUCCUACGAAUGAGCGCAUUUCCAACGUUCGCUCGAUGCAAUACUCGAACGGAAUCCGGCCAGUUCCUCUAUGGCUUUCUCACUUAUCCUUCGAUGCUAUCUUCGUUGUGGUGAUCAGCGCUGCUGCCACUGGCCUUCUUUUUGCCUCCACUCCCAUUUGGACCGGCCUUGGGUUCAUCUUCAUAAUUUUUGUUCUCUAUGGUAUCGUAGCUGCGCUGCUCAGCUACGUCAUUUCGAUGUUUGCAAAAGGAGCUGUAUCCGCUUGGUUCUUGAUGGCGCUGGGUCAGGUCGUCUUCUACUUCGCAUAUUUCGGUGGCAUCCUCGGAGUCCACAGUGCGACCACGUAUCCGGAUUUGGAGCCUACGAUGAAUGCUCUAUUCUUUGGUCUGGGUAUCGUGUCGCCCGCGGUAUGUUUGGAGAGGACUUUGUUUAUCGGUCUUCAACAAAUGGCCUUGUCAUGCAACCAACGGGCGGCUGGAUCGAUAUAUCUUUUCGGCGGACCGAUCAUGUACCUCAUCCUCCAGGGCAUCUUUCUGUUUGCACUCCUGCUUUGGUGGGAUAGCGGCUUCGUCAUUCCAGCAUCGCGCUCACACAAGGUCACCAAGGAUCCCGAAGCGACAGAGAUGUAUGAAUCCGACCUCUUCAGCGAGCGCAAGCGCUUAGUCUCAGGAACCACCGACCUUCGUGUUGACUCUGUCACCAAAUCCUUCGGGAAAAACCUAGCAGUCGACAACGUAACUUUUGGUGUCCAACAAUCCGAGAUAUUUGCCCUUCUCGGGCCUAAUGGUGCUGGCAAGUCGACAAUCAUCUCCAUGAUUAGGGGUGAUAUCAAGCCUUCUACUUCGAACUCCACAAUCGACAUUGCGGGCUACUCUAUCCUUAAGCGUGCAGUUGUUGCUCGAGCAAAUCUUGGCGUGUGUCCGCAAUUCGAUUCGGCCGAUGUUCUCACCGUCAAAGAGACUCUACGCUUCUUCGCGAAGACACGAGGUGUCAAGGAUAUCGACUAUAAUGUCUCUACGGUUAUUGCAGCAUGUGGCCUCGAGGAUUGGACAAAUCAACUUGCCCAAAAGCUGAGUGGUGGCACUAAGCGCAAACUCUCUCUAGCAGUCGCCUUGGUCGGAAACCCUCGUGUCCUAGUGCUUGAUGAACCCUCCUCAGCGCUCGACGCCAACGCAAAGAGAACACUAUGGCGCUGUCUCCAAACUGUAGCAAGAGGACGCGCUGUCGUUCUAACAACCCACUCCAUGGAAGAAGCCGACGCGCUGGCCGACCGCAUCGGAAUCGUAUCCUCGCGCAUGCUCGCCCUCGGGGGACGAGAGGAUCUCAAAAGGCGGGCUGGCGAGAACUUCUACCUCCAUGUCGUUUCGGGUUCUGCACCACGCACUACGCUCGAAGAACUCCAAGUAAUGAAAAACUGGAUUCACGAGACAUUUCCUGACGCGAAAAUCAGUAGAGAAACGCAAGGUGGGCAAGUACGGUUCGAGGUCCCAGCGGAGGGUCGGGAGAUGGUGGACUUGAUUAGAAAGUUGGAGAGUGCGAAGGGGGACUUAGGGGUCGAAUUUUAUAGUGUGGGAAAGGCAACGUUGGAUGAGGUCUUUGAGAAUAUUGUGCGGAAGUAUGGUGAUGACGAUGGCAUCGAACGGUAAGGUCAAGAUUCUACUUCGGAGUUUGUGGAGUGGAAAGGAGUAUUGAGGUAUAGACUAAUUAAUAUAUCAUCGGACUACAAUCACCGUACAGUCUGUGGGCGUAGCACGAACCUUGUUAUGUGGCAUAGGAUGCCAGAAUGUAUUUCUGGCGCGACCCGAAUGACAUUUAGAAACCGAGGCCAAACAUCCAGUAAGCAACAGCAACGUCCUCCGACCGACUCCCGCUUCAAACUGUUAUAACAUGUUCUUCAUGGGUGCAUGCGCUGCUGAUUUUGGAGGCACUACAAGAUAGAGUAUUCUUUUUAGAGCUUUUCGGAUAGGAAAGACGGUGCAAUGACGUCAUGUUCUUUGCGUGAUGCG